AUGCUCCCGCCCGGCCAGGAAGACAUCCGCUCUAUCGCGACCCUCUUCCCGCACGUGGACCAGGACACCAUCACCGCGAUCGUCCACCACGAGCUCUCGGGCACGGAGAUCUUCAAGCUCGACUCUCGCCGCAUCCUCGAGUCCACAUGGAACCUCAUCGACGUCGACAUUGACGAGAGCGUCUUCGCCCUCCACGCCAUGCCCUCGCCUACGGAGACCUACGCCACUCUCGACUCACUCCUCGUCCCGCUCAACGCCUACUUCUCCAUCCUCUGUGUGCACGGGCUCGCGCACAGCUCCUCCCCGAUGCUCCCGCUCCACUUCUUCCGGUACAGCAGCCACCUUGUCAAAAUCGCCGCGCAGUAUGAAUGGGAAGCCGUGCUAUCUUAUCAUCUCGCCUCUUUCUCCAGGCGGUGCAAGGAAAUGCGGAAGGGCGAGUUUGCAGGCUGGGGGCGGGUGGACAUGGAUUUGAUGGAGGAGUUCCUUGUUCCAAAUCAGAAAAAACGCUAUGGUAGUGUCCAUGCGCUUUCUAGUGUGUGCAACUCGUGGGAGCUGAUAUACCCUGCAAUGACGAAGAUACGAGGCGAAAAUAAAUGCGACAAAUAA